GGUCGCGGAGGGGGUGCCUCGGACCCUGGGCUGGAGACGGCUGAUGCUCGUUUCCUGCCGAGCGCCCUGGGGCUUGCGCACCCUCUCGAGUCCCCGGCCGGUCCCCUCCCUUCCUCUCCCGCUAGCUGGAGGUGUCCGCCGCUCCGGGUCGUUGCGCAGGGGGAGAAGAGAGGCCAGCGUGCAGCCCAGGGGAGGUUGGAGGCCACCCUCCUGGAGUCCCCGUCUCCGCUGUGACCGCGUCCGCUGAAACUUUGCCCUGUGGUUCGGGUCUUUGUCUCCCCUGGGGAAUCUGGACGGCGGUUCGGGAGACCCCGUGCCUGGCCGGGACCGCGGGCUGGGGGCCAUGGAGUUCACGGCGUCGCCUAAGCCCCAGCUCUCCUCCCGAGCCAACGCCUUUUCCAUCGCUGCGCUCAUGUCGAGCGGCGGCUCCAAGGAGAAGGAGGCGGCAGAGAACACCAUCAAACCCCUGGAACAAUUUGUGGAGAAGUCAUCCUGUGCACAGCCCCUGGGCGAGCUGACCAGCCUCGAUGCACACCCGGAGUUCGGCGGCAGCGGCGGCCCGGCCUCCUCCUCGCUCUGCACUGAGCCGCUCAUCCCCACCACGCCCAUCAUCCCCAGCGAGGAAAUGGCCAAAAUCGCCUGCAGCCUGGAGACCAAAGAACUCUGGGACAAAUUCCACGAGCUGGGCACCGAGAUGAUCAUCACCAAGUCGGGCAGGAGGAUGUUUCCCACCAUCCGGGUGUCCUUUUCAGGCGUGGAUCCCGAGGCCAAGUACAUCGUCCUGAUGGACAUCGUGCCCGUGGACAACAAGAGGUACCGCUACGCCUACCACCGCUCCUCCUGGCUGGUGGCCGGCAAGGCCGACCCCCCGCUGCCCGCCAGGCUCUAUGUGCACCCCGAUUCCCCCUUCACUGGUGAGCAGCUACUCAAACAGAUGGUGUCUUUCGAGAAGGUGAAACUCACCAACAAUGAACUGGAUCAGCAUGGCCAUAUAAUUCUGAACUCAAUGCAUAAAUACCAGCCACGGGUGCACAUCAUUAAGAAGAAAGACCACACAGCCUCAUUGCUCAACCUGAAGUCUGAAGAAUUUAGAACAUUCAUCUUUCCAGAGACAGUUUUUACAGCAGUCACCGCCUACCAAAACCAACUAAUAACCAAGCUGAAAAUAGACAGCAACCCUUUUGCCAAAGGAUUCCGGGACUCCUCCAGGCUCACGGACAUUGAGAGGGAGAGUGUGGAGAGCCUGAUUCAGAAGCAUUCCUAUGCCCGCUCACCCAUCCGCACCUAUGGAGGAGAAGAGGAUGUCCUGGGAGAUGAGAACCAGGCAACCCAGAAUAGAGGGUCAGCAUUCACAACAUCUGAUAAUUUGUCUCUCAGUUCCUGGGUAUCAUCUUCUUCCAGUUUUCCUGGAUUUCAGCACCCACAGUCCCUGACUGCUCUUGGUACCAGUACAGCAUCCAUAGCAACACCCAUUCCUCACCCCAUCCAAGGUUCUCUGCCACCAUAUAGCCGCCUAGGGAUGCCUCUGACCCCCUCGGCCAUUGCCACUUCCAUGCAAGGGAGUGGCCCCACUUUCCCUUCAUUCCACAUGCCGCGAUACCAUCACUACUUUCAGCAAGGGCCCUACGCUGCCAUCCAAGGACUGCGCCAUUCCUCUGCUGUGAUGACGCCCUUUGUAUGACUCUUCUAAAAAUGGGAGACUCCAGAUCCAGAAUGUACAAAUGGGUAUGGAAUUCUAGGGCAGGGUUGGGUGGGCAGGAGGCAGGGCAUUGGAGCAGGGGCUCUCCAGGAGACCUGGGACCUAUUAAAGAGGAGAGCUGGACUCAACCCUUACUGCUAAGGGCAUGUACCAUGGACCGGGGUUCAUCUAUAGUUGCGCAGUUGCUGGGUUCAGGAGAGAAUCAUGUAAAAUUUCUUACCAGCCUGAGUCCUGCAACUAACAGGAUAUCAGUCUAUCCAGGAAUUUUCAUCACAUAAGGCAGAUGACUCUUAAGGUGCAUAAUUCUUAGUGGUGGACAAUGCUGUGUCAAUGCAGUAAUGUAUAAAAUCAAUGUGUAUACGUGUUCUGCUUUCCACAGGCUAAAAGAAUCUUCAAAGAGGCAAUACUACAUAGCAUUCUUACCGUAAUGCCUAACUUAAGUCAAUUUCUCUCUGUAGAAACUGGGAGGCAAUAGAGAAAUAUCUAUAGUGCUGUAGGUUAAGCAUGUUUAGUUUUCCUCUGUGUUAGUUUGCUGGAGGAAGGAGCUGAGAUACUGCUAAUGCAUCCUGUUGUGUGGAUGAAUAUAUGGUGAUGCCUUCACCCAGUUCUUUUUGCAAUAUUGAAGGGCCAGUACCUGACAAGAUCAGUUUUCAGUCUUGUCUUCUUCCUUCUGAUUCUCAUUUGUGCAGUGACUUGCCAUUUAUGUAAGAAAAUGGUCCAUAUUUGAUUUUGGAGCCAUUGUUACAUUGUAAAACUAAGAUUUGCUUUUUCUAGGCUGCAUUCUAAGUAGAGACUUUUUUUUUAACUGACAGAUACUCCAAAGCUGUGUGAGAUGAUCCUUGAGGCUUUCUUUCACCUACAGCUGCAAUAAGAUGGUUGUCCUGUUCACGAAGCAAUUUUUCUGCUGUGGGUGUCAAAGGCCCCUUUGUUUUCAUGUCAGCUUUGGGAGACCUCAUGGGUGUUAAAAUGCCUUGGGUGAAAUUCUCCUUUUCAGUAAAUCUGCUUUGUUGCUGCUGCCACUGACUGACAGGGAUUUGAGAAUGACCAUUCAAAAUGCCCACAUAGCCAAGAUGGGCUCAGGACAAGUUGAUGUGCCCAUGUAUCUGACUGGUCACUGGUCCUUUUUCUUACCAUGUUAUAUUUACUGCUCCUGUCACUUUUCUAAGUCUAUAAUAUGAUAAAAUUGCAUUUUAUCUCGAUGACUCCCAAACCAAAACAUUGGCAGUUCUUGUAAGUCCAUCUCAAGCCUCCAUCUACUUUAUUUUCAACUCUGUCUUCUAAAGCCUUUCUUUAAUGUACAUAAUAGUAAUUAAUUAUAUUUGUUUUGUAUAACCUGCAUGUUAUUUUGAGCAAUAUAUGUCUAUGCAUUUAUAGUCAGGCUAACACAUUUGGCAUUUUGCAACAGUUCAUUUUCCCAGUAACAGAAAUGUAAUGGAGUGAGUAGUCUUUCAACUUUAGAUAUAGUGCAUUCUAGCUACAGGGAUGUGACCUGUCUUCCUAGCAAAUUUCCCCAAAACUCUAUUUUAAUUUAAUCCAAUUUUGGUAUGUAAUUUUCAUUCUACUCUGUUCUUAGUGCAAAAAUAUUGAAUCUGUUAAAAGAGAUGGGAAGUAUUGCUACUGACAGUAGAAGUGUAUUUGAGAGUAAAUGCAAUAUACUUAUCACAUCAGACUCCUCUGGGAUUCUAUUUGGUUGUUUUAAUGUUAGCCUUUCCCAUCUCAAAUGGCUUUCUUGGGCAUUUCCAGCCUAGAAGCAGGGCCUCCAUGGCACUGUCUAUAUGAUGCCACUAGGUUUUGUACUCACCAUUCUUUGUUGAUUCCCAAGGUUUACUUACAAAAAAGCACGUGCUAUUAUAAGGCAUCUCAAAGUCCUGUGACUGACAUUGUAGCUUUAUUUAUAACUUCUUGCAUGUUAUUCUGUACUAUCCACAGGUUCUUUGCUUUCAAACAAAGUAAGGAUUGGCAUUUCUUUAAAAAAAACCAGUUAUGAUUAAUAUUUAAGAUAAAUAUCCAUAGAUAUUUAUAGAUAUUAAGUCCAUAGAUAGGGACUUAAUAUGGAAUAGUUGGCCAGUGCUCCUUUGAAUGCUGAAUACUGCUGCUUAAAGCAGGAAUAACAAAAGAUGCUAUUUUACACAAUGCUACUCAAUACUUUGAUAAAUUACUGGUCUACUAAAGUGAAUCUCUAAAUUUUCUUCUCAGAGAAUGAAAGAAUUAUUUUAAUACUAUUUUGACAUUUCAUCCAAUCUUUGUAUCUCAAAGUAGGUUUUUAUAUUGGGGCUAAAUAUGGUCUUACACUGGUAUUUCCUGACUGCAUUCAACUAAAAGUAAGUAGAGUGCUUACAGAAAAGCAACAAAUAAGAGAUAAAAGCAUGCCCUUGGAAGGUCACACCUGAAAUUCUAAAUUGGAUAUAUUUUCGAAGUGUUAGUAUUAUUUAUGGCACAGAAUAGUAACCACUAUACAAUCAUGGCAUGUUGGUAUUAUUUAAACCAGAGCAAAGAAGCAUAAAUGAAAUGGAACUUAACCUAAUCGGAGUCACAAGCCAUAGGAGCUAAGGGGUAGGAAGUUAACCAGCUCAGGCCUCUCUGAGCUAUUCUGGCUGAUGAUUCUUAUUAACCCACUAGGAAUUUAAUAUUUAAAAUUCUAAAGUAUAUUCUACCAAAAGUAACUACAAUAAAAGUAUUUAAUGAGAAAACCAAUUGAGUAGUAGAGACCAUAAGUUAUAUCUGGAAUAAAUUCAGAGUUUUCUACUCAAGUAUACUCAUUAUAGUAGCAAAAAACAUGGCUAACGUGCAGUGCUGCUAAAAAGUUCUGCCAGACUUGCUGUAUUUAAUCUUAAGGAAGUAAUUUGUAACUUGGUAGGUUCUGUGUUUGUAAUUUGUUUUUAAAACGUUUAUCAGUAAUUCUGAGUAAAUUCAAUAAUCUUUUUUUACUUAUUAAGCAAGUCUUCCCUCUUCUGUCUACUGUUAGCAGGACAUAGAUAAACACAUCCAGCUUGUGUCUAACAUACCACAAAUUAUCAAGUAACAAGGUCUAGAUUAAUGAGCUUAAAUUGCAUUCCUCUUCCUUUUGAGUUUGUAAAAAUAAUAUCUUGUCUGGAAGGCCUGCUGCCAUUUCUAGCAGGUGUGCACAGAGUAGAGAUGUUAAGAAGCUUCCAGACAAUUGUUCCUGACCUGCCUCUGUGUAGGGUUAUUCUGUAGUAGUAGACACAUUGACUUCUGAAGCGUUCCAGGGUCUACUCUCAUCCACCCUUAUUCAUAUUUCUGUUGUUUUGCUUCUCUGGUUAUGAAAACACCACCACCACUCCCGCUGCCUCUCGCCCAAAAAUAGAACAGAAAAAGAAAGAGGAAGCCCCUGAAAAGCCCAAGAGAUACCCAGAAGGAAAGCAUACUUGUCCCCUACUACCAUGGAUUUCAGGAUGUGUAACCCAUUUCUGUACUUCACAUGACCCUUUCAGACUCUCCUCCUGUAAGAAUGUGUAAGAGAAAAAUCACCUUCAAAUAAAGUAGAUGGAAUGACUUGACAUCCCAUUAACUAUGCAGUCAAGUUUAGUUAUGACUCAGAAACUAACAAUUUUUAAAAAUUCAAUUAUGUAAUGUGCAAAGUAACAUAUUGUAGGUAAAAGCAACAUUUUAUCAAAACCUUCCAUUAACUGUGCAAAGAAAACUGUUUUCCUUAUUAAACUUUAGGGAAUUUAUAAUUAUUACAAACAAAACAAUACUGUCACCUAAUUUUUUUAAAGAUUUAUUUGAAAGGUAGAAUGAUAGGGAGAGAGGGUAAGACAGAGAAAGAUAUUCCAUCUGUUGGUUCAUCCCUCAAAUGGCACCAUAGCCAGGGUUGGGCCAGGCUAAAGUCAGGAGCCAGGAACUUCAUCCUGAUUUCCCUCAUGGGUAGCAGAAGCCCAAGUACUUGGACCAUCUUCCACUGCCUUCCCAGAGAGCUAGAUCAGAAGCAGAGCAGCCAGGACUUGAACCAACACUCUGAUAUGGGAUGACUGUGUCACAAGCUGUGGCAUAACCUGCUGUGCCACAAAUGCCAGCUCCCGUCACCUAAAUUUAGACAAAGCACUGCGGACAAGAAGAUAAGAUUUUCAGCUUGCUCCUUUAAAUAGUCUGGGAGGAAGAUAGGUUUUAUAACAAGUUUUUAUAUUAUUUUAGAAUGUAAUUUUUUAAAGUAAGCAACAGGAAGGCUGUAAACUCUUAAAACAUUACAAAACCAUAAAACUCUUUCUGUAUUACUUACUAUUCCAUGCCAAUUAUAAAAUAUUCCAAAAUGAUUAUCUUUCUUCAGCAUGCUUGAAUAUACAAAGAUUCACUGAUAAAAAUUGCCCAGGCAAAUAAUCCUUGAGUACCUUCUAGCUUUCUUUCUCUGUUUUCUCUCAAGUAAUUUUAACUCAUCCUGUUUUUAAACCAAGUAUCUUUAUAAUAAGAAAUAAAAACAUUUUUGUGAAAUACUCCUACAUACAGACAAAAAAUACAAUUUGUUGUAUUUUACUUUUGGUACAUUAAAAUAACGUAUUUAGGGUUUUGCUUUUUAAAUUUUCAGAGAUUUAAAAGGAUUUAUUUCCUAAAGGCUAAAAUUGGAUGUAGCCUGCGUAGUAGACUCUCUCACAGUUCUGUUGUUUGCUGUGUUCCUUUGCUUAAUGGAUUGCGUGAGAACAGUCACUGUAAGGAAGUGCGUGUGCUAGGGUGGGGGAAGGGCAUGGGAAAUGUUUUAUGAAGAAAGAAGUUAUAAGCCUAAUACUAUGAAGUAACAUCUAAUGAAGUUCUUUUUAAGUGCAAUAUAUUUAUUUCUGCUAGAAAUGUAUUAUCAACCUUAUGUAAUAUUUGAAGCAUUACAUGUUAUUUGUAAACAGCUUAAAAUUAUAUAUUACCCCAAAUUGUACAGAAGUACAAAUGUGUGGAUAUUAUUUCUCUCAUUAAAAAUGGUGUGGUUUUUGAUAUA